GCGUGAAAAUCCCCCAAACCUGCUUGGAAAACAUAUCUAUAAUAUUUAAAUAAAAAUUUAUUUUUCUAAUCAUAUUUUUUAUUGUCAUAUGUCAAAAAUAUAAAAAUUAAAUUUUUUACUUUUUAAUAAUUUUUUUACUUUUAAUUUUUUUCAUUUUUAUAACACAAUAUUGUCACUCAAAUUCUGCGCUACUCAGUUGCAGGAGAUAAGGUAUUCGAGAUUUGAUCACGCAAUGGGGAAGCAUCGCAUCAAUGGCGUCCGCCGAUACUCGAUUUAUGUCCUCCGUCGCGCUCAGCCUAGGAAUACGACCAACGACGCGGGAACCAGCAGUGGAAAAUAGCGCAAGCCGCGACGUGUCGGUUCAUACGUGCUCACGUAUCCAUAGUGCGUGGAGAUAAACUCAUAAAAUGCAUAUUUCAGAUCCGUUUGCGGGGAUUCCAGUUAAAGCAUUUGUGAAAUUGUUCGCAUCAGUGUAUUUGAGAGAAGCAUAUUCGCAAUUCACUGGUAGACUGAAGGGGAUAAUUCUGCACAAUUACAUUAGGGAUUUGACUUUGAUCAUAUUGUGGACUUGUAUAAGUUGAAGUUUUUAUAGCCUUGGUUUCAAAGGUAGCCAUCAUCAUGUUCAGGCAAUCACCUCGGCGACACCAGAGGAGCACCGGGAUGAAAAUGAAGCACGUGCUGCAGGUAAGUUUGCUGCUCGGAGUGUCCAUCUGGCUGUUUGUUCAGAUGCAGCGCUCGGGCAACAAGAAGGCACCGUCUCAAGAGAGCCUCAAACUCUCAGAAAAGAUGCAACAGCACGACAACGACAGCGUCAAGUUUGGGAGAAAGGAUCUCAAACCAAAAGUAGAAGUGUACAGCGAAGAUGAGAAGCCAUUGGAAACACCUCAUUUCGAAGACGAAACCAAGCCUCAGGACAGGGAACAAGAACAAAACAUGGAAGCAGUCCAGCAUACACAAAACUUUGUGAAUAGCAUAAAGGAAGACUCUACGGAAAAUUAUGCGAGUACUAUAAAGGAAGCUGAGACAGAAGAGGGUGGCGUGGCGAAAGAAACCCACACCGAAGAACAUGAGAUUAGAGAAACCAACAGUGAGGAUCAAAUGGAGGACAACAAUCUUAAGAUGGAUGGAGGGGCUACGGAAUUUAACGCAGAGGAAGGGGAGAAUAGCGAACACGAGACUAAAAUAGACGAGGGAGACAAUAUUGAAGAUGAAGGUGUGAGUGUUAAAGUGAAGAAGAAUAUGGAGAAGUUGCUCGAAAAGGGCGUCGAAGUGAAGAAGAACAUUGAGAAAUACCUCGAAGAUAAGGCUGGCAUCGUCGGGAAAGGCGAAGAUGCUGCGAUGGGGAAUGAAAGCAAUGAGAAUGAAAAUGGAAGAACAAUGGAAGUGAACCUCGCCGGAGAAGAAAAGGUAAGUGAAGAUUUACAGAAGAAAGAAAAGAGGAAGGAAAAGGGAAAAGGAAAGGGAAAAUCAGGCCAUGAUACGCAACAGAACGAGGAAAUUGUCGAAAGCAAGAUUGGACAAAACAAGAACAAUGUCGACAAUGAGAGUAAGGUUAAGGAUAAGGGAAUUGUAAGCGAAUAUUCGACGCAUAAAACAACAGAAGAUGAUGCCAAUGGAAAAGGUAGCGGAAAGAGCAAUGCUGAAAACGACAAACUGGAGAAGCAGGAAGAUCAUCCAGUCGAAAAGAACGGGAUCAAAGAAAAGAGUCUCGACGGAGGAGUUGUUUCAGAUGGCACGAAUCGUAAGUCUCAGAACAAGAAACGGGAGAAGAUAGCUGGAAAGAUUAAGAAUGCAAUCGAGAAGACAAAAAACACAGCCAAAAUGAUUCAGGAUGCAGUUCUUCCGAGCAGCGAAGCUAACUCGUCGACUCACGGUGAUGAACUUCAUUCAUCUGCAAAAAUGGAUACUAAUUCUGGCGAAUCGAAUUCAAGUGUAGCUCAUCUUUUGACAAAAGCAGAGCUCGAUAUGUCGAACGGGAAUUCAAACAGCUCCUACGAUGGAAAUUCAGACAGCGACGAAUCCAAGGCAUCCCGGGACGAUAUGGAGAACCAUUUGUCCGUAAGCGAGACCAAUACCUCAGUCGAGCCCAACAAUCCCGGCAACAACACAGUUCUUGAUGAGAAGUCGAAUUCCUACAACGACAGCAACGGCAGGGAUGAUGGCAAUAGCAGUAUGGACAAUUUUUCUCAGGUUUCGACAACUUCAUCGAAGGAGGACAAUCCGAGCAUAAAUGAAACGGUACAUAGAAUGACGGAUAAUGAAUCCGAUUCAUCGCUCCCCCAAGAAGUGAAAGAUGCUCGAACCGACCUCGAUACCCUCCCGGAAUCAGGUACGGAUUCUAACACCCUUGAUGCAAGUGAGUAGCGAUUCUUCCUGUUGCCCGGCCGAUGUUUUUUUACUCGGCGCGAGCAAUCGGUAUCGAGUUUAUUUGCAUUAUAGACCAACGUGGUAUGGAGAUUAAGGUUGGUUAGCUCGAAAUAAAUUGUUGGCAAAUCAGAAAAUGAGAACCAUUAUUUUUGUAAAAAAAAAAUUCGUCGACAGAAUCAGAAAUGGAAUGUGUUAGCUAUGUGAACUAUAAACCAGAUUCUCUUAUUUUAUUAAUUUA